AUGAAAAGGAGGCAAGACCUCAUGAAGCUCAACCCAGAGAAUGAGAUGUGGCAGCACAACAUGGUCAAGACGACACUAGGUGGCAACCUGGUAUGCCAAUACUCGGUGAGAUCGCCGAGAGAAGGGGCCUAUAUUACCACCGUCGUCGAGGCGAUAGGAGUCGACAUGACUCACAUGAAGUACCGCGACAUCAUGUUCGACAACUGGAAGGAUGCCGUGAUAGCGGCUAAUGGAGGUGACAGAACGUUGAAGGUCAUUGAGAUUAACAGCAUCGACCACAGCCGCACCCAGAAGUGCAUUGAGAAUGCACGCCGAUAUGCCGGUGGAGUUCUCCCAAACGAGACAACGCGUUACAAGACUUUUGAAGUGACAGACGCGAACAACGAGGCCUGGCAAGCCCUCAAUGGCAAAGAGCAGAAUCCGUUCAUCCAAGGCAUCGUCAAGUUGCUAGAGGAGUACGGCACCGAGCUGAACGGCGAAGAGAGAGACCGCAGCCCCAGAAUUGACAGAGUCGUCUGCGGCAUUUACCUCCCCGAGACGCCCAAACCCGAUUUGAAAGCUAAACGAGAAGCUCCACUCCGUCCUGACGGCAGAUCCAUGCGUGGUUCCACUACUCCCACCAGUCCGGCCUCCUCUGCUUCCGAUCAGGCUCUACGCAGUCUCGCGGAAAGAAAUAUCGCUACUACAUGGCUGUGUUCAUCAAGUGGGAGUAUUACUAAGUGCAAGGGCGGUAUGGUCGGCAAUGGAUGA